AAUAUUCAGCCUUUCAUUCCUCCCUCUCUCUCUCUCUCACUGAACAAACAAUGGAGUCCAAACCCUCAACCGGAUUCGGACCUUCCACUAGUCCUCUCCUCUCCCUUUCCACCUUCAUCCACCAACACGUGUCCCGCCUCGGUACCGAAGCGAAACGGCUCGGUGCCGAAGCUAAACGGCUCGCCGAUGGCUUUAUUCAGCAACCGUUUCCGGCUGCUGCUGUAGGGCAGAGCUGUUCGUUUCCGGCGAACUCUUAUCUUCCGUUUGCUUCGGUGUCGCAACAGCGUCAAGAGAAGGUUUCCGGUUUGAGUUCGGGUUAUGUGGCGAAGACAUUAGCUGGAACUUGUGUGUAUACUGUUAGCAAUUCUAAUAAUGAGUUUGUUCUUAUUUCGGACCCGAAUAGUGCUAAAUCAAUUGGAUUAUUGUGUUUCCGUAAAGAGGACGCCGAAGCAUUUCUUGCUCAGGUGCGGUUGCGGAAGAAGGAAGUGAGAGGUGGAGCUAAGGUUGUUCCAUUGACACUUGAUCAGGUUUACAUGUUGAAGGUUGAAGGAAUCGCAUUUCGGUUUUUGCCAGAUCCUGUUCAAAUUAAGAAUGCAAUGGAGUUAAAAGCUUCUGAUGUAAAGACUGGAUUUGAUGGAGUCCCUGUUUUCCAGUCAGACCUCCUUGUUGUGAAAAAGAGAAACAGACGAUACUGUCCAAUAUAUUUCCGAAAGGAGGAUAUAGAAAAGGAGAUAUUGUCAAGGGCAUCUAGAGGAUCUGGUGUCUCUCAGCACAUUAUGGUAUCAUAAUCACUUUUGCUUUCUGUUUGCUUUCCAAUACGGCAUGCAGAUAGUUAUAGGAUGGUCAAACAUGUUUAAGAUAGAAGUAAAAUUGCAGGAACAGCUCUUUCUAAACUGAAGGUGUGGAGAGAAUUUCAAAAUUUGGAUUUACGUCAACAGGUUUCACUUGGAGAGUCCAUAGUAAAUUUUGCAUGUAAUGGAGAGAUUAUGGUUGAAAGUCCAUUUUUCAAGUAAUAACAUGAAAAAUAGAUCUAAGUCUCUCUAGUUAAUUAUCAUGUUAAUGCAAAAUUUCUUACUUCAAUUAUGAGAAGGAAAUGGAGUUAAGAACCCUGAAGGAGGUUUGAUAAAUGCCAAGUACAUUAAUACUUUGAUGUAUAAAACCUUUUGUAUGUAAAAAUUAUCUUGCCCAUCCUCUUACUGGCAAUAGCUUUUUUCUAAGUUAUCAAAAGAAUAGUGUUUCUUUUCCUUUCUAAAGAUUCCUGUAGGACUAUCAUAGGGGCUUGUCCAUGAAAGGACAAGACUUGCAGCCUUUUCUGUAUUCGUCAAGGGUUAUUUGUCAUCUGAUCUGCCAUUAUAACAAGACACUAUAGCAACUAAUGUUGACUUACUAAUAUUCUUUUUCCUCAUCAACAGGUAGGGACUUUGGAAGAUGUCCUGAAAAAAAUGGAGGUAGGU